UGCAACCUGCUCCCUUCGGGGAGGGAUCCUCCCCGCUCCAGCUUCUGCUCGCCGGGCUCCGCCAGGCUGGAGGGCAGCAGUGCCAGGAGGAACGGAGACCCAGCGCUGCCCGUUAACAGUCCCGGCAGGAAAGCCAUCAUAAUUACUCACCGCGCUAAUUGCCCGUCAUUAAAGUUCAGGAAACGGUCCGAAGAGGAGCUCCGAGUCGAGGAGGGGGCAGGUGGUGUCUGGGGCUCCCGGCCGGCCAGGGUUAAGCGCUUGCCUGCUCCCUGCCUCCCGGCUUGAAGCCAGCGCGUCUUCAGUGGGAGGCCAGCCACUGCCAGGGACCCGGGAGCGACGCCGCCUGCCCGGCCGGACCCCCUCCCCCACCACGGCCUCUAGAAGGGGGCAGCAAGUGGGGGGUCCCGGGUACCAAGCCCCCUGCCCAGCCGGCACCUGGAGGCACAGAGAGCCAGAGGGGCUGCAGGGACACCGAGAUGGCCGAUGAGAUUGACUGGCUGGACCUGCCCGGCCGGUGGGCCUACGGAGUUGACGGUGGUGGGAGAAUCUUCUUCAUCAACGAUGAGGAAAAGUCAACCAGCUGGGUGCACCCUGGAACAAAGUCACCCAUCCAGAGUGGACAUACCUCCUGCCCAGGUUUGCCCAAGGGCUGGGAAGUGGAUUCCACCCAGGAAGGAGCUGUGUAUUUCAUCAACCACAAUGAAAGACGGAACACAUUUCUACACCCAGUGACUGGCCACGUCCCAGACGAAAACAAAACAUUUGACUUGAAAAUAUCAGCCUUGGACAUGUCCAAUAAAACAGGUGGGAAACGCCCGGCUACCACCAACAGUGACAUACCCAACCACAACAUGGUGUCCGAGGUCCCUCCAGAGCGGCCCAGCGUCCGGGCAACUCGCACAGCCCGCAAAGCUGUCGCCUUUGGCAAGCGCUCACACUCCAUGAAGCGGAACCCCAAUGCACCUGUCACCAAGGCGGGCUGGCUCUUCAAACAGGCCAGCUCCGGGGUUAAGCAGUGGAACAAGCGCUGGUUCGUCCUGGUGGAUCGCUGCCUCUUCUACUAUAAAGAUGAGAAGGAAGAGAGUAUCCUGGGCAGCAUCCCCCUCCUGAGCUUCCGGGUAGCCGCAGUGCAGCCCUCAGACAACAUCAGCCGGAAACACACGUUUAAGGCCGAGCAUGCCGGGGUCCGCACCUACUUCUUCAGUGCCGAGAGCCCUGAGGAGCAAGAGGCCUGGAUCCAGGCCAUGGGGGAGGCUGCUCGAGUACAGAUCCCUCCAGCCCAGAAGUCAGUGCCCCAAGCUGUGCGGCACAGCCAUGAGAAGCCAGACUCGGAGAACAUCCCACCCAGCAAGCACCACCAGCAGCCGCCCCACAACAGCCUCCCCAAGCCUGAGCCAGAGGCCAAGACUCGAGGGGAGGGUGAUGGCCGAGGCUGUGAAAAGGCAGAGAGAAGGCCGGAGAGGCCAGAAGUCAAGAAAGAGCCUCUGGUGAAAGCCAACGGCCUCCCAGCUGGACCGGAGCCAGCCUCAGAGCCGGGCAGCCCUUACCCCGAGGGCCCAAGGGUGCCAGGGGGUGGGGAACAACCUGCCCAGCCCAAUGGCUGGCAGUACCACUCCCCAAGCCGGCCAGGGAGCACAGCUUUCCCGCCUCAGGACGGAGAGACUGGGGGACACCGGCGGAGCUUCCCGCCACGCACCAACCCUGACAAAAUUGCCCAGCGCAAGAGCUCCAUGAACCAGCUUCAGCAGUGGGUGAACCUGCGCCGGGGGGUACCCCCGCCUGAAGACCUUCGGAGUCCCUCUAGAUUCUACCCUGUGUCUCGCAGGGUCCCUGAGUACUACGGCCCCUACUCCUCCCAGUACCCUGAUGAUUAUCAGUACUACCCGCCAGGGGUGCGGCCAGAGAGCAUCUGCUCCAUGCCGGCCUAUGAUCGGAUCAGCCCGCCCUGGGCCCUGGAGGACAAGCGCCAUGCCUUCCGCAACGGGGGCGGCCCUGCCUACCAGCUGCGAGAGUGGAAGGAGCCCGCCAGCUACGGGCGGCAGGAUGGCACCGUCUGGAUCCCAAGCCCCUCCCGGCAGCCAGUCUAUUAUGAUGAGCUGGAUGCUGCCUCUAGCUCCAUGCGCCGCCUGUCCCUGCAGCCCCGCUCCCACUCUGUGCCCCGCUCACCCAGCCAGGGUUCCUACAGCCGUGCCCGCAUUUACUCCCCUGUCCGCUCACCCAGUGCCCGUUUUGAGCGACUGCCACCUCGCAGCGAGGACAUCUAUGCUGACCCUGCUGCCUACGUGAUGAGGCGAUCCAUCAGCUCCCCCAAGGUCCCUCCGUACCCAGAAGUGUUCCGGGACCGCCUCCAUACCUACAAGUUAAACGAGCAAGACACAGAUAAGCUGCUGGGAAAAUUGUGUGAGCAGAACAAGGUGGUGAGGGAGCAGGACCGGCUGGUGCAGCAGCUCCGAGCUGAGAAGGAGAGCCUGGAAAGUGCCUUGAUGGGGACCCACCAGGAGCUGGAGAUGUUUGGAAGCCAGCCUGCCUACCCAGAAAAGCUGCGGCACAAAAAGGAUUCUCUGCAGAACCAGCUCAUCAACAUCCGCGUGGAGCUGUCUCAGGCGACCACGGCCCUGACGAACAGCACCAUAGAGUAUGAGCACCUCGAGUCUGAGGUCUCUGCCCUGCACGAUGACCUCUGGGAGCAGCUCAAUUUGGACACCCAGAAUGAGGUGCUGAACCGGCAAAUCCAAAAGGAGAUCUGGAGGAUCCAGGACGUGAUGGAGGGGCUGAGGAAGAACAACCCCUCCCGGGGCACGGACACUGCCAAGCACAGAGGAGGACUUGGCCCCUCAGCCACCUACAGCUCCAACAGCCCGGCCAGCCCCCUCAGCUCCGCCAGCCUCACCAGCCCCCUGAGCCCCUUUUCACUGGUGUCGGGCUCUCAGGGGUCCCCCACCAAGCCUGGCUCCAACGAGCCCAAGGCAAGCUACGAACAAAGCAAGAAAGACCCCCAGCAGACAUCAUCCCUGGACACCCCCAGAGACAUCAGCCUUGUGCCCACCAGACAAGAGGUAGAGGCAGAGAAGCAGGCAGCUCUCAACAAAGUUGGUGUUGUGCCCCCUCGGACAAAAUCACCCACUGAUGACGAGGCGACCCCAUCAGCAGUGGUGAGGAGGAAUGCCAAUGGGUUCACCAAUGGACUCUCCUCCCAGGAACGCCCCAAGAGUGCUGUGUUCCCUGGUGAGGGGAAGGUCAAGAUGAGUGUGGAGGAGCAGAUUGACCGAAUGCGGCGGCACCAGAGUGGCUCCAUGAAGGAGAAGCGGAGAAGCCUGCAGCUGCCAGCCAGCCCGGCCCCCGACCCCAGUCCCCGGCCAGCCUACAAAGUGGUGCGCCGCCACCGCAGCAUCCACGAGGUGGACAUCUCCAACCUGGAGGCAGCCCUGCGGGCAGAGGAGCCUGGCGGGCAGGCCUACGAGACACCCCGGGAGGAAAUUGCCCGGCUUCGCAAAAUGGAGCUAGAGCCCCAGCAUUAUGAUGUAGACAUCAAUAAGGAGCUCUCCACUCCAGACAAAGUCCUCAUCCCCGAACGGUACAUUGACCUGGAACCUGACACUCCUCUGAGCCCUGAGGAGUUGAAGGAGAAGCAGAAGAAGGUGGAGAGGAUCAAGACACUCAUUGCCAAAUCCAGUAUGCAGAACGUGGUGCCCAUCGGCGAGGGGGACUCUGUGGACGUGCCCCAGGACUCAGAGAGCCAGCUGCAGGAGCAGGAGAAGCGGAUUGAAAUCUCCUGCGCCCUGGCGACCGAGGCCUCCCGCAGGGGCCGCAUGCUGUCUGUGCAAUGUGCCACCCCAAGCCCUCCCACCUCCCCUGCUUCCCCGACUCCUCCAGCCAACCCCCUGUCGUCUGAAUCCCCACGGGGCGCCGACAGCAGCCAUACCAUGCGGGUCUGAGCUCUGACUGCAAGCCCUGGCUGAGGCCAAUGCUGUGAAGCUCCACAGAGUCACAUUCUGAAGCUGUCCUCUGCCCACCUGAGGUCCUGGCUCCCCACCCUGGCCCCCUGCCCCUGCACUCCCAUGGGAAUGCCGCAGGGAGCCAGGCUGGGGCCACAGGCUGCUGCCGAGAGGAGCGUGGAUACCUCAGUGUCCACACACCCACUAUGCCUAACCCUGGAGCUCUCACUACUCACACCGUGGUCCUGGGCCAGGGCCUGAGACGGCAGUGGGGAGCACCAUCCUCGUUCAUGCCCAAGUCACAGAGAGCCACGGCCUUGCCCUGGCUGGGGUUGUGGUGACUCCAGUGGAACAAUCCCUGAUGGGGGACAUGCCGUGGUGGAGAACAUACCUGUGGCUAUCUUAUGUGAGGACUAGAGGUGAAGAGGAGAUGGACACUGCCUCUUGGAGCCAGCCUGACACUGAGGACAGCACUUGUCGUCAUCCCUAUCCUCAUCAACCCCACCCGGCUGCCUCAGCUGGACCCAGGGCUUUGAUAAACCCAGUGCUUUGCUUAUGGGUGCUCGCUGGGGUCCAAUGGAGACUGACCACCCUGCUUGAGCCAAAGACAAGGUGAUGAGAGAUGGGGAGAGGCUAUUGGCUCCCAGAGGGAACAGUGCUGGUUGUGGCUAGAGAACAGCAGGUCUGUGCAGUGUCUGAGGGCAGGUUGGGAAGGGUAGCAGAGAGAGACAGAAAGAGAAAGACAGAGAGAGAGAGAGAGAGAUCCUCAGAGUGGGAGGAGGGGGAAGCAGCAGGACACAUUGGCAAGUCAAGCAGGAAGGAAGGAGAUGGAAAAGGGGUAUUGGAUUGGUUUCCCCAGGUGGAGCCUUAGGUUAGUGCCCAGUGCAGUGCCAGACUCUCUCCUCUGCUCCUCCCACCUCAUCCCCAGGACGACCCACCAGUGGAGCACAGGCAGCCUCAGUGGAGAUGCUUGGUGUGGGGAUCUAGGUGAAGGAGGUUGAGUAGCGACUGCCUGGGAGAUGGCUGUUGGUAGUUCUGUGCCUGGUGUCUGCCUCCCCGUCCUGGGGUAAGGGGCAGAGAGAAGGACUUGUCUUAUGUAGGGUGUGGUCAGCCUUGGGGCCUUACCUACCCAGUUCUGCGAUAUUUCUUGCCCUGUUCCCCCUGGAAUGUGCAGUGAUCCAGCUGAGAAUAUGCUUUGAGGAGGAGGGAUGAAGCCUUAAUCUGGGAGGCCUCCCAGGAUUCCAGGACCAUCCCCCAUCCCAGGCAUCCCAGACGAGGACUGGCUGAGGCUAGGCGCUCUCACGAUCCACCUGCCCAGGGAGGGCAGUGGGGGAGAGACAGAAGAGCAAAGCGCAUUCUUCCUCAGCUCCACCCACCUGGAGAUGAAUGUAGCCAGAGAGGAGGAAGGAGGGAAGCUGAAGACGCCGUGGCCCCUAGGCCUUCACUCUGCUAGAGUUGCCACCCAGAGGCUUCAGCCUGACCUCCAGCGGUCCCGAGAACACCUACUAAUUCCUCUCCACUCCUUCAUGGCUGGGACAGUUACUGGUUCUUAUGCAAGUAAAGAUGAUAAUUUACUCAACAAAUAUUUAUCGAGCACCUUUUAUGUACCAGGCACUGUUCUAGGUGCUUAGGAUAUUCUCAUGUUUCUGAGGGAUUACAGCCUAGGAGGAUUCCACCAAUCUUCACUUCUAGCAGGUUUUUAAAAUGUGACCCUUGGCUAUAUUUCCCAUCUUCACAGUUCAAGCACCCCAAACCUGCCCUUUCUCCCCUGCAGACUGGCAGGUGGGAUUGGUUCCCAGGUCAUCUUCUCUCCCUCUUUCCCCCACGCCUUUCUCCCUCCACAGGAAACAGAUUUUUCAGGGCCUUCCACACCUGCCGCUUUGUCUGUCUCUUUUUUUUUUUUAAAGUAAUAUUUUUUAGAAAUACAUGUAAAAUACCAAGAAAUAAUAUCUGCACCUCUGCCACCUCUCUCUCACCUCUUAUUUCAUAAAGCUGGCUCUUUAUGUUGCUUUACAUGCCUUAAUAUAUGUUUUAUGGAGAUUAUACAUAUUAUAGAUCUAUAUAUGUAAUAUAUUUGUUUGGAUGUCUGAUCUUUUCCUACAGUUCCUGCCCAGGCCCGUUUUUCUCUCCCUUAUUUUCCGUAUCAUUCCUAGCAUAUCAAGGCCAUACCCCUUGCCUUUUUGAUCCAAAGAAGAGGAGAGGAAAGACUUAUUUUAAGACAGAUCUAUUUUAUGCUUUUGUUUAAAAAAAGCAAAUCUAUUUUCAAAUGUGCAAUGUCUGAAUGGAAUUGGCAAGUGAGGUGAGGAGAUGGGGCAACUGCCUUUAGGUCCCAACCCUGUGCCCUUCCCUCUGCCACAGUGGCUUCAUUCUAUCCUAUUCCCCAGUCAGGAAAGGGCUGGUCCCCAGAGCUCACCCAGAGAGCAUCUUGCCGGGGGCAGGGCAUUCCCUCGGAAGUCCUGGCCUAAGGAUUUUAUUACACUGUCCACUCCUGAUGACCCUCUGCAGUUGUCAGGCGUGAAUCCUCUGGAAGGAACUGUUUGCAGUUGUAUGCACAAAGGAGACCCAUGCAGGCAUGCACCCCAAAUGGGCUGCUAGACUACCCCUCUUCAUCAGCCUGCUGGAAAGAGCAGACAGUGUAAUGGCAGCCUAUGCCAAACAGCACUAAGGAUGUCGGUCUACGAGAUGGUGUCAAGCCCAGAGGAGGCGGCUUGGGGUCCUCUGGGCCAUCCCUGGCCCUUUAGCACAGACACAUACAAGUUCCUUGGGCUUGUCACACUCCUUUUCACUCGAUCCCUCUUUGGUCUGGGUCACAUCUAUGACAUCCCCCCUCUGCAACCUUUCUCUCUGGGGGCUGUACCAAAGGCAUGGUACCUCAGUCUGGCAUCCAGACUGCGAAAUCAGCCUCUGAGCCGAGGAGGGUCCUACAGACAAGGUGACAUCUCAACCUCACCCAAGAAACCCCCAGGACUUUACCCCAGCAGGCUGCCACGGGGGCACCAAACGAAGCCAGCUCAGCCUUCCAAACUGCUCAAGCCUUUGUCAAUUAUCAAAUUGGCCAAAGGGUCUCUGGCCUUGCAAGGAUUUGGGCAGGAUAGAAGUCUUUGUCUAGAUCUGAAAUCAAGGGCUUGGGAAUCUAGAGCCGAGCUCCUGGCCAGCGUUUGAAGCCUGGCCUCCCAGCUGGGGCGUUUACUGACACCCUGCCACCAGCCUAGAACAUCCCGCUCUGAAUGAACAGAGCGCAGGUGGGGGUCCAGGGCUAAGUGACCCACCUGGGGACGCUCUGAUUAUUCAUCCAGGGCCUUCUCAACGAGCACAUUACCUCCAUGAUCAAUAACCAAGAGGCUGCAAUCAAAUACUGCUACUGUCACUUUGAAGAUUUUCUGAGAUCGCAAGUGGCACACUUGCUCUCCGACCUUUGGGAGAGGCAUGUUUUUGGGCAGGGCUGGCUAUGGCAAGAGGGAACCAGUUCCUUUCUCCUUUAAGCACCCUCUACCUGGCAGCUCUUAAAACUAAGAAAAAAUAUUAUAUACACACACACAUAUAUAUAUACACACACAUAUAUAUAUAUCUAUUUAUGCACAUAUUGGGGCCAAUUUGAUUUGCUAGUAUUAGACAAUAAACCAUACAAGGAAAUUUAUGAUCUCAGUGUCUUUAUUUAGUAUAAAAGUGACCUUAGAAGAAGGGUGAAGGUUAGAUAGAUGGAAUCUCUGUCGGGGGCAACCAGCUGUAGCAUCCCCUUAGCAUCUUUCUAGCCAAUGAGCCCCCUCCCCAGGAGGAGGGGACGGCCUGACUGAAACAGGUGAGAGUUUGUUUCCUCCUUUCAGCAGCAUUCUUUUUAGAUUUAGGUACCGAAGAAUUCCAGUGAGUUCUGCAUUUGUAUCUUGCAAGUUUGUAUAAACUCAAUACAGGAAAUAAAAUGAAUGUUUUGUA